AUGGCUUUACUAACAACGCCAUCGCCGGCGCCAGAAAGCAAUGCAAACACCAACUUUCUGAGGCCAAAUUCAUCUCUCUUCAACUCAGAGUCUGAUGAAGAACUUCUUUCGGUGAAGUCAAAAUCUAGGUCACCCAGAAGCAGCACAUCUGAGAAUCUUCAAAUGCUAAGUCUGCGCGACCACUACGAGAUAAAUGGAGAUCUAGGUAAAGGAACGUACGGCAAGGUUGUGCAGGCCGUGUGCAAGGAAACGGGAACAAAGAUAGCCCUCAAGAUCCUACCGAAAUCGUCUACGAAACUGAGAGACUUUCAGAGGGAGUUUAACAUCAGUUAUUACCUUUCCCCUCAUGCAAAUAUCGUCGACACCUACAAUGUGGCUUUUGAAACACGAGCCAGUUAUGUCUUUGCGCUAGAAUAUGCUCCCUUGGGGGACCUUUUUGAUUCCAUCCCGCCUCAAAUUGGCAUGUCUGAACAGGAUACAAAAACAGUCAUCAGACAAUUAGCAUCAGCGCUGGAGUUCAUGCAUAGCAAGAAGCUAGUUCACAGAGAUAUUAAACCAGAGAAUAUCCUCGUUAUGGCUCCAGAUUUUUCUAGGGUCAAACUGAUGGACUUUGGCAUGAGUCGUCGAGAUGGGGCGAUGGUUCGUAAAACAAAUGGCAGCAUUCCUUACACUCCUCCAGAAGUCUGCGAAGCUGUUCGAAAUGAGAGCAUUCAGGUCACUACAGGAGCCGACGUAUGGGCUUUGGGUGUGCUGUUAUUCUGCAUGCUAACGGGGAACUUUCCCUGGGAAAACGCAGACAUUGGGGACAUUUAUUUCAAGGAGUUUAUUCUGUGGCAAAGAAGAAAAACAACAAAGGUUCCAUCGCAGUGGAGGAGAUUCACACCACGGAUCUUAAAAUUCUUUAGAAAAACGUUGGAAAUCAAACCACAUCGUCGCAGUUCGGUGAAGGAGCUAGCAAAGUAUGCCAACGAUCCGUGGUUGCUGCAGGCAACAGAAAUCGGCAACGUUGAAUCCGACUCCGGGACAGAAGCCGAACAAGUCGACCACCUCUCCAUUAUGCUCAGAGAUCACGGAAUAGAGACCCGAGUUGACAAAAGACUGCGAGACCGUCGAAUAUCGGAGUGGUUACUAACGUUAUGA